AUGUGGGGCCUCCCUCUUCUGUGUACGUUUUCCACCAAUAGCAAAAAGGGCCCGAUACUGAAAAAAAUAUACUCUUCAUUUUUCCCGCUGCCAUCGGAUCCAUGGCUCAAAGUGACCGGGGUGAACGGAAGGCCAGAAACGCUAUUUGGAUCCAUGUAUAACAAUGACGACAAGAGCUCUUUGAUGAAGAGCCACUUUGGGUCUCCUCAGUGGAUGGGAAGUGCCUCGACCAUUUUAACGGAUCUUGCGCCAAAGCUUUUGAUCAAAUGCACACUGAAUAAUAUCUUUUUGGAGCUUUCCGGUGAAAAGGGCCGGCCAAUUUGGGCAAUCUCUGCCGGCUGCCUAGGGUUCAAAAACGCUCAAAAGACCACAAACAAAACCGCACUCGCAAUGAUGGAUGCGCUUUGGCUGAAGCUCUCCCAGCUCUCCAUCUCAAAGAUCCGGGUUGAUUUUCGUGGAGUCAAUCCGGCCCGUCAAAUUUUGCUUUCGCAGCUUAGACGUCCAGGCCUUGAAAUUGCCGAAAUCAUGGAUACCACUCCAAAGCCGUUCAACGGCCCUCGUCCAAAAAAGGCACGCAGAAUCUAG